CCUCCCUCUCCUCCCUCUCUUUAAUUCUCCUUUUCUCUUUCCUUCUUUCUUUGCUCUGGUAUUCCCUCAGUUUGAUUCUCCACCAUCUCUAAAGACCCAUCAAACUUUAGAAAAAGAAAAACCAUAAAAAGAUCAUCGCACCGCACCAUGGUUUUCUCUUCUAUUCCGGUCUAUUUAGAUCCUCCCAAUUGGCAGCCGCAACAAAAUCAUCAGCAAUCAAAUGGAACUGAAAGCGCUCAGCUGCUUCCUCAUGCUGGAGGUUGCGGUGCAGGUUCAGUCCGGCCUGGUUCGAUGGCUGACCGGGCCCGGCUAGCGAAGCUACCGCCUCCCGAGCCAGCCCUAAAGUGUCCCCGUUGCGAUUCCACCAACACAAAAUUUUGUUACUUCAACAAUUACAGCCUGUCCCAACCUCGUCACUUCUGCAAGACAUGUCGGCGAUACUGGACAAGAGGCGGCGCUCUCAGGAACGUUCCGGUCGGAGGCGGAUGCAGAAGAAACAAGAAGAGCAAGAGGAGCCGCUCCAAGUCGCCGGCAGCUGCACCCACCACCGCUGACAACAAGCAGACUCUUCUCCCCAACGCCGCCACCACCACCGAGCUGAUCGGUCAGUUGCAGCAACCUUCCAACUUGCCACUCAUGGCUUCUUUACAAAAUAUGGGCGGCCGUUACGGCUUAGGGAACAUGGGCCUGAGCUUGCGCGAUAUUUUAGCCCAGACUGAGCCCAUAGGCUUUCAAAUGGGAGGAGGGGACAACCAGUGGCGCUCACUGCAAUUCCCUAAUUGCUUGAAUGGGUUCGAGUCAGAUAAUUCAGUUGAUCCUUCUUACCAGUUUCAAAGUGAGGGCAUGGCAGUAGUACAGAAUGGACUGACUGGAGAUUCAAGUUCUAGGGUUACAACUCAGCUGCCGCCUAUUAAAUUGGAUGGUAAUGGAGCCCUAAAUUUGUCAAGACCGCCCAUAGGUAAUAAUAAUGGUAAUAAUCAGUACUAUUCAUGGACUGAUUUAUCGGGACUUCCAUCUUCUUCCACUAGCCACCUCUUGUAAGUUAACAUCUUGACCAUUACGUUAUGGUCAAAAACAAAAACCGUCACAAUAUUGAAGCACUCGAUCCCAGUUCUAAAUUAGUAUUCAGAAAUGUGUCGCAGACAAUGGUAGAAUUUGGAUCUUCUUCUUGGUGUUGUCCUUGUUUAAAUUUUAUGUUGCCGCCUGUAACUGAUAUUUCUUAAGGUUUUGCAUGGAAGUCUCUCUUGUACUAUAUGGGUUGGUUUGUAUAACUGAGUUCGUGUAAUGGUGUAUCUGCUAUGGGAUUUUUCUAUGAUCAGAUCUCGUGUUUUCUCUAUA